AUGACCGAUGCAGAAGUUGUUGAUGAAAAAUCGAAGUUUGCGAUUCCAAGUUGGGCAGAAAAACCGCCAAAUGGAGCACAUUUGGAUGUUUAUAAAGGACCACAGUUGAUCCAAAAAUUAAUGAUCGACGAUAAAAAGGCGUAUUAUUUUGGAAGAAAUAAUAAACAAGUGGAUUUUGCCGUCGAACAUGCUUCGUGUUCAAGAGUUCAUGCACUUUUAUUAUAUCAUGGAUUAUUGAAGCGAUUUGCGUUGAUUGAUAUGGAAAGUAGUGAGUUAUUCAUUUAUUUUUUAGAAUUUGGAAAAAAACACAAGACAUUUUGAAAAUCAAUGAUUUUGCAGGUCAUGGAACAUUUAUUGGCAAUGUUCGACUUCGCCCUCUUGAAGUUGUUUUCAUUGAUAUUGGAAGUCAAUUCCAACUUGGUGCUUCAACUAGAAAAUAUGCGGUUAGACUAAAAGUCGAGCAACAUGUUGAAGAUGAUCCACAAGUUGCAGCUUCUGAUCAACAAUUAGAUGUGAGUUCGAAAUAUAUUCUGGUAUUACUAAAAAAUAUAAUUAUUUUAGAAUCUCACUGAAUAUAACACUGCACUCAAUCGAAAAAUUCCGCAACUUCCAAUUUCUCUCGAAGAAGCACGUCGAAAAAAACGACCAAGAGGAAAUGUUGCAUUUAUUGAAGAAGAGGAUGUUAUCAAUCCAGAAGAUGUUGAUCCUUCUGUUGGAAGAUUCCGAAAUCUUGUAACCACAGCAAUAAUUUCGACAAAUCCUGGAAAACGACCUGGAUCAAGUGGCAUUUCUCAACCACCAAGAAAGAUUGUUAGACCUAGCAAAGAAGUUUUAACAGCUCCACUUUCCUCAACAUUCGGACCGUUGGCAUUAAAUUCUGCACCGGAUUUGGAUUUGUACGGGAAAACUCAACCAACACAAUUGUAUUCAAUGGCUGCUGAUGUUGAUGAAGUUGAAGAUCAUAAAAAGAAAUAUGCAAAAGAAGCUUGGCCAGGAAGAAAACCUGGAGUUUUUUGA